AUUUGUAGAUUGUAGAAUGCUUGCAGUCAAGACUGGAUUUGAUCAUCUUAUUACCCACAACACAUACCGAUUGAAUCUUCCACACAAUGUUGCACAUACUCACCUUUAGGGCUCGAGCUGACUUGCAGUUAAUUGACAUAUUUAGCUCACCCACAUCACAUCACAGCCACAACAAACAAUAACCACAACAACAACCACACACAACUCAACUGAGCACACACCACAAUACAGCAGCCAACCCCAGCCACCCAACCCGCAUUCAACAUUUCUUUUCUCUUUUCUUUUCAUCCAUCGCCCCAACUAACAAUCGCUUACCAACUUCAACUGAACUCAAUCAGCAACCAACCAACCAACCCGCGUGCCUCAUCAGCGUCACAACAGGAACAGGACAGGACAGACCCGCUCUAGUCCGCCAACGCCAUGCCACGCCACAUCACAAAGCAAUAAUUUAUACACCGAGUUAAGCAAAUAAAUAUGGUCACUUCUGAGUUUUAUCGACUUCUCCAUACCCAUCGCAGUCAAAUGAGACCAGCCUCAGCCUCAGCAGCAGCACUACAGCAGAGCUAGUCAACAAUCUCUAACUCAGUCACUGCUGCCGUGGCAAGGAAACUAGAAGUAGAUGGCAAUUGACAAGGCGUCUUGUUGCUCCCUCUCUCUCGCUAUUUGGUGCUUAAAUGACCAAUUCGAUUGGCUCCCUCCUCAGUCAUAAAGUGCAGUAGUCACUAUAUGGCCCAAUUGCUUCUUCAAAACACAACAUAACAUAACACAGCAGCAGUUUCUAUCUAUCAAAUUGAAAAGUGAAAAAGAAGGACUUUGAUCCAAAUACCAAGGGCGUUCAGGAGCUCCUAUAGCUAGAGCAGUUGAAUUCAUUUUAAUUUACAAACAAUUACUUGUAUACAGUUGAAGAGACCAUUAAAAUGAAUCCACGCUGCCUUCAAACUCUGAGAAUGUGUUGCUCUGCUGUUUAGAGUGUGAGUGGGCUAGCUAGUAGGCAGCAGCAGCAGCAGCAGUCAUGAUGGAAGUGGCCAUGGCAGGUGCUCCAGGUUAUUACGAGCCGAGUAACUUGAGAGGAUACAAAAGCAACCACAGACGCAAGCUUACACCGAAUGCCAAUGCGGCCAACCACAACCACCCCACAGAAACACAUAUGAUGUCAUCAGACCCUCCUAGGACUAACAACUUCAAUUCCAUGCCCCCCAACCCCAACUUCUCAUCGCACCCCACUCCUAGCACAGAUAAACGGUUACUACUGCACGACCGCAUUGUCAUCAACGUCAGUGGCCUAAUCUUUGAGACUCAGGACUCCACCCUUUUACAGUACCCGGACACCUUACUGGGCAACAGGAACAAAAGGCGCAAGUAUUUUGAUGCGGCCAGAAACCAAUACUUUUUCGACCGGAGUAGACCUUCAUUUGACGCUAUUUUAUACUAUUACCAAAGUGGAGGUCGCUUGAAACGACCGGCAAACGUACCGGUGGAAAUCUUUCUGGAAGAGAUCAGGUUCUACGAGCUAGGAGACGAGGCUAUAAUGAAGUUUCGCGAUGACGAAGGCUUCACACAUGAAACAGAGAAGCCGAUGCCUAAGAGUGCGACUCUGAAGAGAGUGUGGCUGCUGUUCGAGUAUCCAGAGAGCAGCGGACUUGCUAGAAUGGUGGCCAUUUUAUCCGUAACUAUAAUACUGUUAUCAAUUGUCAUUUUUUGCCUUGAAACGAUGCCUGAAUUCAAAGCCUACAAAGAACAAGCUCAGUAUAACAACCCUUUCUUCAUAAUCGAGACCAUAUGCGUCAUCUGGUUCACUUUGGAACUCAUCUGCAGAUUCAGUUCCAGCCCAUGCAAAUGGGCUUUCGUCAAAGACUUGAUGAAUGCCUUUGACUUAGUGGCCAUCCUUCCCUACUUCGUAGAAAAUUUCUCAAAAAUUGUGGGAAGCGAACAGGAAAACAGCAAAACCAUGUCGCUCGCUAUCAUCCGAGUUAUCAGGCUUGUGCGUGUCUUCAGAAUUUUUAAACUAUCCCGACAUUCGACAGGUUUGCAAAUUUUGGGAAGAACAUUACGCGCCUCAAUGCGGGAAUUGGGUUUACUCAUUUUCUUUCUGGGAAUUGGCGUUGUUGUGUUUUCAAGUGCAGUUUACUUUGCCGAAGUGGACUCAGAUGUCUCCAAUUUCAGUUCGAUUCCGGAUGCCUUUUGGUGGGCAGUUGUAACUAUGACCACAGUUGGGUAUGGAGACAUUUUGCCGCGCACCUUUGCGGGAAAACUGGUUGGGUCACUUUGUGCAAUAGCUGGUGUGCUGACCAUAGCUCUGCCAGUACCUGUGAUUGUGUCCAAUUUCAACUACUUCUACCACCGGGAGCAAGAAGACGAAGAUCCGGAUCAGUACAAACACGUAUCCAGCGAGCAAACUGUGCCUCCAUCUAGCCAACAAUUUCCUCCUAAUCCAAAUGUAGUUCUGUCGCCAGAACAAGCAGAAUAUGAUAUGCCUUUAGAACGUUCCCGCAACUCAAAUCUAUCGCCCAACUUAUAUCACAAUGAGGCGACUCCGUCGUCGCUCAGACAGGUCAAUUCCCAAUCAGGUGCUAACUUGCUGCUAUCCGAACCAAACCAGUCCUCGCCCGGCUCCAAAAGGAAAAGCAGCGCCGGCUCAUCCGUGGACUUCCUCCCAGAUCCGAUGAAAGAUCUCACAGCACCCAAAGUGUCCAGCGGCACUGGCCCUGGAGCUUCUUCCACUACAGUCUUGCCGAACUCAACGGGCCAGGGGGGUCGCAAAGUGUCGUGGAAUUCGGGUGCGGCGCCUACGAUCUCGGGAUUAGGGCGGAGGGUGUCUCUAGUUCAGCCAAAAGUAUCGCCAGCAACAAAUAACGUCGAUCCAGGCAGCGCAAUCCGAGACCGCGAUGCAGGGAAGAGGAUAACUAACGCCACCUCAGCUCCUCCGACUAGGACCGAGACUGAUGUUUGAUAUCCUGGUUAAGACGGACCAAUAUUGAAGAAAUUUGAGCCAGCUGCCUUCACACGAUUUUCGUUUCCAAUAGGGAAGCUCCAGUUAAGAAAGAGCGGGAGAGUGGAGAUAUAAAGUAGCAGCAGCUGCAGGCAGCUCAACUGUCAAUCACUCGCACCAGUCAGUCAGUCCUUAGUUGACAUUCUUCUAACAUGACCUUCUAUACAUCUGCCGCCGUCACUGGGCUUCGAAAUUGUGGGUCGCGAUUGGCUUUGUACAUUUCAAGCCAAGCUCUUGGUUUGCACCCUGCGCCGGUGGUAGAUGGAGGAGAUACUCACAUCCUCGGAAGAUCAUCAGAGCAUAAAUCAGGUACAGGACCUCACAGCUGAGAAGGGAGGAAUCCUAAUUGGGUAUCGUGUGGCAAUUGCAGAAACAGGAAAUAUCUGGGCGCCAGCCGUCAAUUCUCGAGUAUGCGAUUUGGCCCUAGUGUUGAGCGCAUCAAACUAGUCGGUGUCUCUUAACAGUGGGAAAAAUCUGCAGAGGUGCAAUUAUCAUUAUCUUGCCUUUUAUAACUUAACUGCUUGCUUCUGCACUUGCUGAACUGCUUGCUUCUAAACUUGCUAAUUAGUGAAAUAGGCGAAUCACGCUUAAAAAGGAACGAAUGAUGGAACAUGAUUUUCGCUGUUCAGAAUUGACAAGUCGAAUCAAGAACUAAUUUAACCGAG